CAGAGUGUUUGCGGAAGUGAACGUCUUAUCUCGUUUUGGUCUCCCCCUUUUCUGUUAAAAUAAAUCAAAACUACAACAGAAGAUGACCCAGAUGCCCAGCCCCCCACCUGAAGAGUUGGUCAAACAAUGGGAAAGUGAGCAGAAGCGACUCAGGCAGCAGGUGGUGGAGGAAGACACUGAGGACUGGCAGAGGAGCCCAGACUUCUCCGGCCUGGAGCGGGUCGGUGGUGUGGACCUCUCCUUUAUCAAAGGGGAUGAAAUCAACGCCUGCGCCCAGCUCGUGGUGCUCAGUUACCCUGAUUUGAAGGUUCUGUAUGAAGACAGUCACAUGGUGACCCUGACGGCUCCCUAUGUCUCUGGCUUCCUGGCCUUCAGGGAAACCCCUUUCCUCCUGGAUGCGCUGCAGCGACUGAAGACCAGCCAGCCGACACUUAUGCCUCAGGUGGUGUUUGUGGAUGGGAAUGGUCUUUUCCACUACAGAGAGUUCGGCUUGGCUUGUCAUCUUGGGGUGCUGUCAGAUCUUCCCUGUGUGGGCGUGGCUAAGAAUCUGCUGCAGGUGCAGGGGGUGCUUAGAGACGAGGAGCACCAAUCACAAAUUGCUGCUCUGCAAAAAGGAGGAGACAGCUUCCCACUCACCGCCGCCUCGGGCAAAGUGCUCGGAAAGGCGCUGAGAAGCGGCGAUAAGAGCUCCAAGCCUGUGUACGUCUCCGUGGGUCACAAAAUCAGCCUGGGCACCGCCGUCCGCCUGACACACUCAUGCUGCCGCUACCGGGUACCUGAACCCAUCAGACAGGCUGACUUUCGCUCCAGAGAAUACCUACGGAUACACUUCCCAGCUACCGAUACAUGAAUUAGACACUCAGUUUCAGAUCAGCAAGCAUUCCUGAGUGAUGAAGGUGAAGGAAGCUGGACUUAUUUUCUUUCUUAAAAAUGUUUCACUUUUCAACCAAAUGGCUUCUGACAUGUUUGAGAAUAAACUGGCUUAUAAGUUUCAAUCUGAACAAUCUGAAGAACAAGUUUCCAGUUUCAAUCUGUCAUACAACCGCUAAGGUUAUUAUUGGGGCAGUUCUUACACCAUUCCUCACAACUGGGUUAGAAAAAAUGUUUUGCCUAAAAUGCUUUACAAAUUCAAUUGCAAAUAGUUUUACGAAUAACUUAAAGGGUUAAAAUGAAAUUUGAUCUUUAAUAAACCUGGAGUUACAGCUUCUUUUGUGUGAUGUCAGUCUGUUUUAUUUGCUUUAUUUGCUAAACCAAUCCCACUUUGUACAACAAAGACAAAAUAAUUUUACUAUAUGUAUUUCACUAGAAAAAAGUUUAAACUUCUUUGCAUUAAGCUUGUUCAGCUGUUCGAGUUGAUAUGUUUUCUGGUUACUCCCUCUUCUUUGGCUGUUCAUAAAACAAAGAAAUGCUUCUUGUUCAGUUUUAUUGUAAAAUCAAAGCUGGAGUCAGAACAGUACCAUUUUCCUCUGUUUAAGAAUCCCCACAGGCAUUUCCUCCAUCCUUCUGUUUCUUCUUCUUAUUAGACCUCAUUUCAAUAUUACUUCCUAUUUCACUCUCUUUUGCUCGCCAGUGUGACUGCAUUAGGAUUUAUUACCUCUUUGUAUAUAUUUAUCUCUCAGUUCUGUUUAGCUCCUCCUUCAUCUGGCACUCAGAUGAAAUUAUUUUGAUUGUUUUGUUGAGAUAUUAACAGAUGGAGUCAACUUUGGUAUUUUUUGCUACCAAACUUAUGUCUUGAUUUGGAGCUCCCUUGAAGUGUGAAUAUCUAGUGUGUUUCUCUUUAAAGGAGACAAACAUGGAGCCAUGUGUUGAUCCGUAGCUUAACAUCUGAAUAAAAUACAUUGAUAUUUGUGGUUGUCAUGUGACAAAAAGGAAAAGUAUUAAAGGCCAUAAAUACGUUUGGAAGACUCUGUUGCAUGUGUGUUUGUGUAUCUGUUUUGAGUGGAGAGAUGAUUCAAAGGGGAUACUCAACAAAAAGGUCAGGAACUGUGUAGUGGUGGCAGUGGUGAUUGUUGCUGCUUGCAUGCUGAUGUGCUGAAAGUGUCAAAGUAUGGAGUUAAAUAAAUGGUUGGAAAGCAAAAAAAAAAAAAGAAACACAACAAGAAGUGGAAGCAAGGGGUAAAGUUGACACCGCAACUUUGGAUGAUAAAAUAGUUUCUCACUUUUUCUUAUAUUCACUUUCUGUUGGAAGUCUGUCAUCUGUUUCCUGGAAAACAAACAAAUUGGAUGUCAAGGAGAAGAGAAUGGGGAUAUAAAAAGUGAAUCUUAUGUAUUUGCUCAGAUGGACGGCGAGAGCAACAGGGGCGAGGGGAAUAAAAGAAUGGCUUCUGCAGACAGAGGAAAGGACCCUCCCCUUUGUCUUUCUCCUUAUUUAUUCUCCCUCCUGUCUGUCUGACGCAGUGGAGGGGAAAUCGCAUACAUUUCAUCAUGCCCGGCCUCAUACAGAAAAACCUUCCCUCCCUCUGCCCAGAAUGCAGCCAUGUGCCUCUCAAGUGCUGAUAAAUUGCCGCCCCCUGCCUCAUUUUUCACCAUCUUCUCAUCAAACACACUGACAAAAAGCCCCUGCGCACUCCUCAACGAUAACAAGAACAAUCGCAGAGCCCCAGGAACGCGAGACAGGAUGAGAGAAAGGACAAAUGGGUUGGCAGAUCAGGAGAUUGUGUGGCAGAUAAAGAAAGGCAGCAGAAAAACUGCGUUUCAGUAUUUUUUUUUUUCUAAAGAAGAAAAAUAACUCUGAAGAGCAAAAGAUUUGUCUUGUUUUUCCACAUUUGAAAGCUUAAAAAAAAUGCUAUAUUUUAUUGGAUCAGAGUAAGAUCUGCAGUAGCUUCAGGUGGAUAUCUGCAAAGUUUUGGGUCCUGGUUGUUUCACCGUUUCCUGUGCUGCUCAACAGCUGAGAAUUUGAUGAGUAUCACUGCAGGAGAAUACCCACAAACAGCAGCUAAGCUACCUGCUGCAACAAUAUCAUAAUCUGCAGCAGCCAUGUGACUGAGAGGAGCUCACUGUGGGAGUCCUGUCAGGAUGAAGAGUCAUGAUAUUCAGCACACUGAUGUGUUCACUAGACUGCAGUAGAAAGGUUUGGGAUGACACAUCAUGUCUUCAUCUUUUUCUCAUUGCUCUCAUCAUACCUUGACCUUUGUUUUUUCAAUUAAGCUUUUCCUUAUAUCUUUUGUCCCCUGAUGCUUUUAAAGAUUACUCAAUUGAGGGUGAUGCAUUGCAAUAAACAAGUCUUGACUUAAAAAAAAAUAAAAUAAAAUUAUCAACAAGGACAAGAAAUGUUUACGUGACCCUUAAACAACUGCCUUUAUAGGGUGUGAUUGAUCCCAGCUGUGUCUUGUUUCCUUGAUUACUCCCCCUGUAUUUAAUCCCAGCUGUGUCUCGUUUCCUUGUGAGGUCCUCCUCUAUUCUGUUGUCGUUAAAAUUUUUGAGUACCGUUUACCAGUUGCUACCAGAUUCUGAGCUCCUUGCCUGGGCUGCCUGGAUUUUUGUACUCUUCAUCAUUAAAUCAUCAUUUCAUUCUACAAACCUGGGUCUACUGCGUCUACCUCACCACUUUACAACCCCCAAACAUGACAGAGUCACUGUUUAGUUCUGGGAAGGACUAAAAUACUACGUGACAAAUCAUAGAAAAUCAAACUUUGUUAAUAAAAUUCAGUUUUAAGUCCUGAUUUGAUUUUAAUGAAGUUUGAUUAAUGAAGGCUUUGGAUAAUUUAUCAACUUUUUGCAGGCAAGGGGUACAUAUUUGCUGAAAAACAGAACCUUUACGAACUAAUAUAAUAAAUGUAGAAGCUUCAAAAUAGAAUAUGAAGGUCGAGGUUUUUGGGUCAGAAUAAAAUAAUGUAAAUUUUAUCCUUUGGUCUUCAUAGUCAUUAUUUUAGCACACAAAACGUAAGUAGGAAAAAUAACAGUGUUACAGCUGUGCAACUAACUAUUAUAGCUAUUUAUCAUUUUGGAUUUUUUUUUAGUUAUAUUACAGCUUCUUUAAGCUGUAAUAUACUUUGUAGAGCUCUUUCAUUGACUUUAUUAACACUAAAUAGGUUGGGAUUUAGUUCACCUAAUGUGAGACCAACUCAUAAACUGAAAUGCGAUCACAUUGUAUAUAAAUAGCACUGGGUCCUGCUGGGUUAACUGUGUUUUCAUUUCACAUUAAAAGUGAAAUAUUCUGAAUGUUUGCUAUCGGGACUGGAAGGACCAUUAAAACAUUAACAUGUAUAAAAGAAGUCUAUUUAUCAUCAGACCUGCUUGUUUCUCAUUGGUGUGUUUGAAUUACCUCUCCUGAAUAAAGUUGCAUGUGCGAAUUGACUGAAACAUAUUUAGUACAUCAGCGACUAAUGAACUGGAGUCUUUUGGAAAGGUGGAAAAUCUGUCCCAUACUCUCCGGCUUAGGGUUUUAUUUUUUCAAACUGUAUCUAUAUUCUACUUUGUUGAGUCACACACCUUCAAACGCUGUUCACUCUCUGUUUCAUCUCUUUAAAGAGAAACUUUGUCAGUAAUUCUCCCGGUUAGAUGUAGCAGAUCUAAAAUGUUUUUGUUCUAGAGCGGAGCGCAUAGUCAUUUCAUGCUCAAUUGACUGUGUGUUGAAUUAAUGUAAAUUAUACUUUUACACAAUUAAACACAAAAUUUGAUGAGGAAAUAUUUUUCCCUAAUUCGGACAGCUCUACACAGAGCAUUUUGGAUAGAAAAUGUUAGUACGCUAAAUCAGAAAAUUGUUAAAUGCAUAAACACCACAUUGCAAAAAAUAUUCAUUUAUCUGCAUAUAACCUUGAGUGACACUCUGCAGCUAUUACAGCUUCAACUCUCUCCUCACACCCUCACACAGGAGUUUAGUAGUGCGUUUAUGUGGAUGUUUGACCAUUCUUAAAGAAGUGUAUUUGUGCGGUCAGACACUGAUGUCGGAUGUGAAUGAUAAAGCUUGUUAUUCAGUUAGUGACUUCAUUCAUAAUGCUUCUCACAAACAUUUGCUCACUUCUCAUAUUUUAAAGUUUUUAGGGUUCGGGGGUUUAAUUGCUUUUCUCUCUUGGCUGUGAUCAUAGAAAAAAGAGAAUUCAUUAUGCGCACAUACACCCGCCUUUGCUCGCACAUAUAUCAUGUCACACUUUAAAGAAGGUGCAGCCUCUGGGCUUCUGCCCUGCAGCCCACCUGCCAUGCCUUGUCAUCCGUAAGCCGUAGUGAGCUGUGAGCAGAUCAACACGACUCAUGGCAGCUCAUGUUACCGGUGACUUUCCCAAAGACACUGCAGCGAGCUAAAUGUCUCGCUGCCGCCACAAGCUCAUUUGCAUCAGGGUAAAAAAAACUGUUUUCCUGUAGGGAAAGAGGGAAGUGCUAAUGACAUGAGUUUGGAAUCAUAGCUAGAGUUUUUGUUUUAAUUUGUUGCACGCAAAACGAUGCUGUAUUUGUGAUUUCGUUUCCAACGAAAUUGUCCUCAUGUAGUAUGAUAUCUGCACACCGCGAAAUCUUCACACCUGAAUAUGAAGAGUGGAUUGUUUGUUGCACAACAUUGUUCUACUUGUUUCACAAGUUCUCUUCAGUGGUGGGACGUGUGAUGACAGAUGGACUCUUCAUCCUCUCUAUGGAAUAAAAGUUAAAGAACUUUUUACAUUAGUUUAGAAAACCAUGGAUGCACUGUUAGCACAUCAUCUCCUAUUAAACUGUUUUCUUUAUUCUUGUUUCAUUCUAAGCAUGCUAUGCUAAACCUUAUGCACUUGAAGGUUCAUUAGAAGAGUGCUGCAAAAUAAGGGAAAUAAAUAGAAAGUGUUUUGGGGAGAGGUGGGCAAUAACUAAGUUGGUAAUACUAAAGAUAAAAAAAGAAAAACUGUUGAGCGGAGUCCCGGUUUGUGACGUUGUAAAACAAGUGACAACUCUCUCACAGAGGGUUCUGGAAAAUUAAAAGGAGCCCAGAAAGAAAAUACAUUGAAGCAGGAAAUCAGGAGCAGCAGAAAACAUGAGAGCAUGGUUGGUAAAGGACAAGUCUGUGAGACAGGAGGAAAACAGGCUUUGAAAACUUUAUCAAGUUCUUUAUAUACCAGCUGGACACAAACGCAGAAAACCAAACAAGCUGUAUAAACACCUCGACUGCAGCUGGUCUGCGUCCAGCUGAACUAAUCCAAAAUCAUAUUUGCAAGAGCUUGCAGCAGUUUUUUUUCCAAACUUUUCAAAUUCCAACUCUCAAAUAUGAGUGACAUCAGUCAAUCCAGCUCUUCAGUGAGGCUCGUGUCCCCUGCUGCUGCUCACUGUGUGGAACAGAUCUGGGUGUGUUUGAACCCCGCAGGCUAGAGCCCAAGUAGGGGCCCUAUCAACAAAUCCUUUUAGGUGAAUAUAAAAAAAAAAAAGAUAGUUAUGUGGAACACAUCAACUUUAAGGUCCUAAGUCUCAAAAUGUUAACUUAACCAGGACUGAAUGAUGUCAGGAAACCUCCAGUGGAAAACUCCACUGAAUCUUGCAAUGACAUCAUCAAUGUCUUGUUAGCAUUUUCCAGGCUUUAGAAAGCAUCCAAAAUGGACGCAUGCCUUUGGGUUUGCCUGUAAACAGUGAGCCGAAACACAGACGACAUCAUGUCUUUAGAAGUUUUAUUCACAGCAUUUAAGUUAUAUUGAGGCACACAAGUGGAUGUCGACUCCUCAAGCACAAGGCUUCUUGUGUAGCAUCAUGGAAAAAGCAAAAGGUAUCAGCAAAGAUAUCAGGGAAAGAGUUGCAGACCUCAUAAAGUCUCAUUCAUCUGUCAUCAUCAUCAUCAUCAUCAUCAUUCUUCUCAAACAUUUGCUUAUUUCUCAUGUUUUAGAGAGAAGAAAAGGGUUUAAUUAAUGUUUUUUUUUUCUGGGUUGUGAUUGUGGGGAAAAAAGAUCAGUUCUACCUUUUCUCUCGCAUGUGUCACAAUUUAAAUAAGCCGGAGCCUCUGGGCUUCUUCCCUGCAGCCAACCUGUCAUGCAUUGUCAUCAAUAAGCCUUAGUGACACGAGUCAUAGCAGCUCAUCUUGCCUCUGACUUUCACAAGUUAGAAAGAAGCAAACAGGCUGUGAAAACUUUAUCUACAGAAACUAAAAGUACAUUUACUCCAGCUCUGUUUAAAGUCUCCUUUAAUCGACCAUUAGCUUAUUUGUUAAACUCUGCAGAGUCAAAUUCUGAUAUGAACCAAAAAAAGACAAAUCCGGUCUGCCUAAAAGCCUGGUGCACGGUUUGAAUGCAUAUAUGAGUGCAAGCGAACCGGUGAUCUCUCCAAAAGCAGGAAACAAACUAUAGCGCAGGGCAUUCUGGGUAAGUACAACCAAAACCAACGGGCGAGUCUAACUGUAGAGGGAAAAUGGCUCAGAUGGUUCCAUGUUGUUUCUUUCAGUGGUUCUUGGUGUUGCACCACCACAGGCCAGACGAGGAACACAUUUUUCAAAGGGCUUGGUUCAUUUGACACAGUGCAGUGUGAAAGCGAAACACACCAACUGAAAAUGUAGCAAAUGUUGUCAUGUUGCAGCUCGCUUUACACUUUCUGCAGUGAUGGAUGUAUAAUCCACAAUUUUCAGUUUUUUUAUAAAAAAUUCUGAAGAUCGAGAAAUCUCUAUGAUAUUUUAUUUUUUUAGAUAUAGUUUUUCUUUGAUUAUAUCCCUAUGUUCAACCAAUUUCCUCUGUCAUUUAUCCUCCACAACCUCUUUUUUUACCACCAAGUUAUCAGACAUUUUCUAAAUUCAGAAUGAAGGAGAAUGUAUUCAUCAGCUCUUAGUGAGCAGAAAUCAUAAAAUUACAGAUGUAAUAUGGUCAAGACCAAAUGCUAAUUCUCUUCUCAUUUAUAAACACUGAUUAUAUGGAUGUAGAAUCACCCAUUCAUUGAACCGAGACAGAAUAAAACAGUGGAUGUUUUAUGUCUGGACGUAAAUCAACACACGCCAAAUGCAUCGCCCAAAAAUAUUACAUAAAAGUCUGUUGUACAAAUUCUCAUAGACUGACAGCCAUCUCAGUAUUAGUCUGUUCCCUUUUCAUUUCCUCCUGCUGGAUAAGAGACACUACUAGAUUUAUUGCAAAUAAUUCCUCUUGGGUAAGGAGCCUGUGGGCUUUAGCAGACAAGAUGUUGAUGUUAUCACUGCCAGCAACAGUGUGUGCUCUCUGCUGCUCACUUUGAGUUUGAUAUACGAGGAGGAAAUCCCUUCAAAGUCUCUGUAGAUUUAGUUAUUUUUGGAAUAUGCAACUAAUGCUCUUACUGCUUUUAAAGUAAUGUUAUUGAGGUACACCACCACAUAAUGGGCAUGACCAACGGUGCAGAGGGUCAUUUAAAUCCAGACGCAUCCAAUCUGGUUUUAGCAAAAAUUCUUACAAUAUGAUUGAGUAAUUUUUAAUUUGAGUGCUGCAAAUUAAACUAAAUAAAUUAAACUAACUAAAAAUUCAUUGAGAAUGUAUGAAUGCCGAGGAUGUAAAUCCCAAAGGUAAAAGGCGUCCAUCUCAUUCAUAUUGAAUGUAGUGUGUACUCAUACCGCAUUCCCACUGAUGCUUCUCCUGCAAGUGUCUGUCAUAAAUAUUUUCCCAAUAUGUCAACUUCCAUAAAAUCUGUUGUCGCUGCCAUUUUGAAUCAUGAAGUUCGAACAUGCUCGGCCUCCGAGUUUGACUUGCAGCCUGUCACCGGAUUGCAGAUUUCACCCAUCAUUUUCUGACGCUCCAAAAGUUGGUCAGUGGUUCGCUUAGAGGCGAUGCAUCACUUGAGGUCUGCCCGGGCGCCGGGGG